GUCAGUGGGGAUGGGGACACUGGCAGGUCAGUGGCACCUGGGUUGGAGCAUCAUGCUCAGGGUUGCAGAGCAGAGGGUCCUAGAGAAUAAAAAGUGUUGGACACGGUCCUGGAGAAGGUGAUAAAUGACAGCAAAAUGAUACAGGUGCCACUGCCCUCCCUCCCCCCAAAAAAAAACACCAGGGCCUGGGUGGGGGAUAUGGUGAUGCUGCUGAGGGUGGAUCCAUGCUGAACAACUUUGCUCUGUGGGAGCUUGGCAGGGCCAUGAACUGGGUGCAGGUGUGUUGGUAUCAACGAGCUGCACCCACCUCAGUCCCACCUGCCUAGCAGGACCUACUCAGGAGGAGUUUUCCCAGCUAUUCCCUGGGAAAAUCAGCUUCAAAUGCGUCUCUGGGCCUGUGAGCAGGAAACAAAAAAGCCGUGUCCAUCUGAGAGGAGGGAGGUUUGAGCUGUACCAUCUGAAGGUGCCAUUGGGUUUGACCCUGGAGCUGACAUCCUGGCUGUGAAGCUGCUGAGGAAGAUUUUCUCAGUUGAAAAAUGGACUUGAAAAACAUUUCCUGUGCUCCAGCUGAGCUCUCAGUGCAGUGGCUGUGGGCGUCCUGCUCCCUUAGGGCCUCAUCCAGAGGCCAUCAGUCCCUGGGGACCAUCAGCAGGCACCAAGGAUUGAUCCAGAGCCAGCAUUUCCAGCAGGGAAGCAGGGACCUGGUGGGCUUUGCUACAGUCUGGAGCACUGACACUCCCAGGCAAAGCUCUGGCAGCACCGAAGCUCCACAGCUCCAGGAACAGCCACCAGAACGUGGAGGAGCCACGUGGACACAGUGAGCAGGAAGCAUCUCCAGGAGAAGACCCUGUUGGUGACACGUUCCUCACCCCGUGCCCAUCCCCGGCCGGGCCAUGAAGACAGAGAAGGAUGAGGCUGUGCCCACCUUCUCCCUGGGGGGUAAAUACAUCAGAGAGGGGGCAGGUUGCAGCGAGGUGGCUCUGCCAGUGGUGAGGGGUGGAGGGACCCCAGCCCAGGAGCUGCGGCCGCUGAAGCGCAGACCUGUCCCAGGGAAACAUUACCAGUGCUCAAGCUACGGCUGCAAACUGGCCUUUCCCACCAUGCAGGAGCUCAUGGACCACCUGAAGGUUCACUACAGACCCACGCAGUCCCUCGAGGGUAAAACCUUCCAGUGCCCCACGCUGGGCUGCACAGAGACCUUCCCCAGCAUGCAGGACCUCAUGGCCCACAUGAAGGUGCACUACAAGCCAAACCGCUACUUCAAGUGUGAGAACUGCCUGCUGCGCUUCCGGACACACCGGUCCCUCUUCAAACACCUCCACGUCUGCUCCGACAGCACCGCCAGCCCCCCGCAACCCCCCAGAGCUGACAAACCCACCCUGCCUGCUACCUCCUCCUCCACUCUGGAGAAAGAACCCCCGGUCAAACCACCUGAGGGGCUUCCCAAGCUUCCUAACAUGAUCCGACCCCAGGAGCCCGAAGCCGCCCUCCCCGGCACAGACGCUGCCCCGCUGGGCCUCCCCGACCUGCCGGGCUCUCUGCUCUCGCCGCCUUCCCACCCCUUCCCGCUGCUGGAACCCAACCUUUUCGGGCCGUCAGCCUUGAGUCGGUUCUCGGGACCACCCCCUUCCUCAGUGCCGGGGUCUUUCCUCUCCUACGUGCACCCCGCGCCCCUGGGGCUGCCCCAGCCCCCCGCCCAGCAUCGCCCCCGGCCCUGCCUGCCCGCCCACGGCCCCCCCGGCUCCAACGCCGUCUGGAAGAAGAGCCAAGGUGUGAGUGUCAGCCCACUCCUCCCCUGCUUUGGCUCAGGAGUGACUCCAGGGCACCCCUCCAACAGCCGCAUCGUGUGGGAGCACACGCGGGGCCGCUACAGCUGCACGCAGUGUCCCUACUCCACGGCCUCGCGGGAGGAGAUGACCCUGCACAUCGAGGACCACCGCAAGAACCCCCCGCCCACCCCCCGCCUGGACACAGACAUGGAUUUCGGGGUGGGCCUCAGCUCCUUCCACGCCAAGCUGCCUCCGGAGAUGGAGAAUUCCCUCUACUCCCAGCUCUGAUGUCCCCAGCUCCCCGGGGGCUGCUCCUGCACCUCCCCAUCCCUCCCCUCCAGCUGGGCAGGGGGGCACUGCACAGCCCCCUGCCACCACGCUGGGCCAGGGACCCCCUCCCCAUGACCAGGAGCAUCCCCCAAACUGGGGUGGCAGAGGGGGGGUGGAUGGUUUGGGUUUGGUGGGUGUGGUUUUUUUUUGUUCCUCUCGAAUUUCUUCCCCUCCCUUUUGGAUUUUGGAAACUCCCAAGCACCCCGGAACCCCGUGUCCCCCCCUUCCCUGAAGGGUUUCAUUGCUUCAGCUCCAGGGACUCUGGGGGAGCCUGGUAGGUUGCUCAGGAGUUAGUGGACUUGUCUGGAAUGUGGUUUGGAAAUAAUAAAUGGGAAUUGUACAGGA